AUGACGCAGGAAGCAGAGAUGCUGUCCCCGCGGUACCAACAAUGGCGGGACGGGAGGGUGUCCUGGCUAUCGGAUCAGUAUGGGGGCGUCUCCAGUGCCCGCGUGAAAAGCACGGAGGUGUGGACGCCGACAGUUGUUGUACAGAACACAGUUGAGCACAUGAGUGUGAUGGGGUCGGAUGACUUGGCGGUACCCCUGGACGUCACGAGCGACGGGAACGUCACGUGGAAAAUCCCCGUCGUCCAUCAAACGUACUGUGACGUCAGUAUCCUGACGUAUCCAUUUGACGACCAAGUCUGCGAUAUUACUGUGGUCUCCUGGGAAGACGGACUGUUGUUACAUCUGACAAGCGACACGAUCGACAUCGGUGACUUUCUGGAGAGCAGUGAAUGGUGGAUCUCCGAUCAUCACGCGGAACGAAGGCCCAAGACCGACAACACCUACCAGACGGUAUUCACACUUCAUCUGACCAGGAAGCCCCUGUUCCACAUCGUCAGCACCCUCAUCCCCGUCAUGUUGCUGAGUUUCGCCAGCACCCUCGUCUUCUACGUCCCUCCCGACACCGGCGAGAAGAUCAGCUACGCGCUGUCCGUCCUGCUGUCCUAUGUUCUCCUGUUGUCCGUCGUGUCUGAUGACAUUCCGGAAACAUCCAAGGAGGUUUCCGUCAUGGCCUUGUACUUGGUCGUCAUGUUCACUAUGUGCACACUGAACGUAACCCUGGCAACGACAGUGGCAUCUCUUUACCGCCAAGACGAAAGCACCCCAAAGCAAAGAUGGCUGAUGGCAGUUAUUCUACACUUGGGUCCAUGUCGCACCGACCACGUGGCCAAACACCAACAAAGUGACAGUUCAGAGGUCAAGGAGGAAUACGACUCCGCCAUCGGUUACAGAAACCGGGAUGUCAGCUGUCAGCAGUCGCUCGAGCAGAAGGUGGAGCAGGUGUCGAGGAAGGUGGAGCAGAUGUCGUGGAAGAUGCUGGCUUUGAGAGUAGACGUCAUCUUCAGACGGAUCUUCACCCUGACCAUGUUCUGCCUCAAUGUUUCCUUUCUGGCCGUGCUGAUUCUGCUCUGA